CCUUUAUGGCAUGAUUUUCUCGGGUCAGAAGUCCGCGUAUAUUAUUACAGGCCGACCUCUGACCACUACUGCUUUGUCAGCAGUCGGUCGCAACCCAGAGGUGGGCCUCUAUCUGGUCGCAACCAAUCUACGCCCAAAACCUUCUCUUCAAGUCUUUAAAACACGAGAGACAUGGACGUCAACGAUUCGCUGAUCACCACCGUCAGGCUUGUAGCUGACUACAUGCCGGAAAACCCGCUCAGCGGCCCGUUCGAAGCGAGCUGGCGAUCCUUGACUGAGAACUACACCGAGUACCAAAUCGCUACCUGGUGGUCUCUGUUUUAUCAUGAGGUGACAUACUUCCUGAUCUGCCUACCUGGGUUUCUCUACCAGUUUCUUCCCUUCAUGCAGAAAUACAAAAUCCAACAGAACAAGCCUGAGACAUGGGAGGGACAACUGCAGUGCUUUAAGCUGCUGAUGUUCAGCCAUUUCUUCAUCCAGAUGCCCCUGAUAUGUGGGACCUACCACUUCACUCAGUGGUUCAACAUACCGUAUGACUACGACUCCAUCCCACCAUGGUAUGUCCUGGGUCUGCAGAUUUUUGGGUGUUUUGUAGUUGAAGAUGUCUGGCAUUACUUCCUCCACCGCGUUCUACACCAUAAGGACUACUACAAGUAUGUGCACAAGGUUCACCAUAACUUCCAGGCCCCAUUCGGAGCAGUGGCAGAGUAUGCCCACCCAGUGGAAACUGUGGUGCUGGGAACAGGGUUUUUCCUGGGCAUCCUGUUCUUCUGCACCCACUUUCUGCAGAUGUGGGUUUGGGGGCUGUUCCGUCUGCUGGAGACCAUAGAUGUGCACAGUGGAUACGACAUCCCGUACAACCCUAUGCACCUGCUGCCCUGCUACACAGGGGCACGCUUCCACGACUUUCACCACAUGAACUUCAACGGGAACUACGCCCCGACCUUCAGAUGGUGGGACAAGCUGCUCGGCACCGACUGGCAGUACAAGGAGUACUGCAGCAAGCUGGCCAAGGAGGGAACCAAGAAGGACUAGGAACAACCUUCUCAAUAUUCAGAGUUUUAGAGUUCCUGUUUUAUUCAUUAUUGUGAGUUUCUUGAUGACUAUGUUGUUCCCCACUGGCUCCCAUAAGGCAACAUAUGCAUGCAGAUCUACAUGGAAAUUGAAGACAUAAAAUAAGAUAACCUUUUCUGGGACCUUUAACCUAAAUUUGUGUCAGUUUCCCUGAUGUGCCAAGCAUGUGAAAAAAAAAAACUUAAGAAACACAACACACACACACACACACACACACACAAAACACCUCUGUACAUGGAAAAAUAACAAUCCCUAAGCAGAUAUUAUGAGGGAAAAACAGAAUGUUAUGAUUUAACCUGACAGCUUCUGCAUAGAGAUAAACCCCCUUCCUUGCUGCUUUAUGUCCUGGAACUACAUGUACCUUGGCAGGGAGGUUAAAAUCACAACAUUCAAAUGCAUCAAAAACAACAUAAAAGAUCUUUUCAACUUAUCCAACAUACAAAGAUGUAAGCCAAACAUUUUGCCACAGGUCACGAAGUUAUGGUAUUACAUCUCUGUAAUAAUU